AUCAGCUGUGUCCAAUCACAGCUGAUCACUGAUCAUCAGUGUGCCCUGAUGAUCAGUGUGGCCCCAGAAGUGCCACCUGUCAGUGUCCAUCAGUGCCAGCUGUCAGUGCUGAACAGUGCCACAUGCCAGUGCCCAUAAGUGCCACAUCAAUGCCACAUAUCAGUGCCCAUCUGAGCUGCCUUUCAGUGUCACCCAUCAGUGCCAGCUCUCAGUGCUGCCAAUCAGGGCCACCUAUCAGUGCCAGUCAGUGCGCAUCAGUGCCGCCUAACAGUGCCAGUCAGUGCUGCCUAACAGUGCCAGUCAGUGCCACCUAA